AUGGGGUUCUCCAGUUUCCAAGAACAUGCAAAACGGGACUUUCAGAGUGUCAAGCAUGCUUUCACCAGCAGAAGGGCAUUUGUCAAGUUUAUAGAGACCAAACCUACAGCUGGGGAAAAUACGGAGGCGGUCCGAAACCAAUGGACGAAUGAGGAUCUCGACAUUAGUCCUCCGAGUCAUCAUACAUGGGGGUGGUACGACUACGCAGCAUUUUGGUUCUCCUAUGGUUUCUCUCCUGGCUUGUGGUACCUUGGAGCGGCACUGCUCGCCAAUGGAUUGACUCCAGCUCAAGCACUUGGAUGUCUGUUUCUUGGCUUCUUCUUCGGAUCAGUCGGUAUCGUCAUGCACUCUCGCGCCGCUGCGGUUUACCAUUUCGGCUUUCCUGUCGAGAGUAGACUUGUUUGGGGGCUCUGGGGAUCAUAUUUCCCCGUCAUUAUUCGAGCACUUUGUGCGUUGAUCUGGGGGGGUGUUACCAUCGCAACAGGUGGAUAUUUCACCACUGUUCUGCUCCGAUGCAUUUUCGGCGACUCAUACUGGAAAUUGCCAAACCAUAUUCCGGAAAGCUCGCAUAUUACGGUACAACAGCUCAUAGGAAUUAUUGUGUACUGGUUUAUGACAUGCUGGACACUUUCCAUACCCAUUCCGAAACUCCGUCGAGCAUAUGAGAUCCAGAUGCUCCUCACACCACCCACAAUUAUCGGACUAUUUGUCUUUUGUAUGUUAACCGGGAAAGGACAUGCACACAAAGAACUGUACGAGGUCGAACCCAAACAUGGUGCAGAACUGUCAUGGGCAUUGUUGGCCGCGGUCAAUUCAGGUUUGGCCAAGACAACAACCCUCAUGGUCAACCAGCCUGAUAUUGCCCGCUAUGCACGUACCAAGAUGGCUCCUACCUGGUCACAAUUCAUCAUGUUUCCCGCUGCUAGUACUGCCUGCGCCGCCUUGGGCAUUUAUGCUACGCAGGCCAUCUUCAAUGCAUGGGGAAACAUUGAUUGGAAUCCGUGGGAUCUAAAUCACGAUAUGCUUGACCACGAAUUCAGUCAUGGCCGUAGAGCUGGUAUCGCAAUCAUUAACCUCAUAUUCAUCUAUGGCAAUACCUUGAUUGAGUUAGGGGCUAACGUUAUUCCAUUCGGAGCUGAUUUCAUGGCACUGUUCCCUCGAUGGCUCAAUAUCAGACGUGGCAUGUGGAUGUGCUAUGUACUCGGAGUUUGUAUCUGUCCAUGGCAGAUCCUUGCUACAGCCACAGGCUUUCUUAAAUUCCUGAACGGGUACAGCAUCUUCUUGGGAUCGUUUCUCGGAAUGGCCUUGACAGACUACCUUAUUGUUCGCAAAGGUAACAUCUUUGUUAGAGACCUGUACCAAGCUGGUGGCAAAUAUUGGUACUUCCAUGGCGUGUCUUGGAGGGCAGUUGUGACAUGGAUCAUCUCUGUCAGCUUCAUGCUUCCAGGAUUUGCAAGAACUUUCGGUGCUGAGAUUUCCAAUGGCAAUGGUUGGAGUCAUCUUUAUGCGUUCAGCUGGUUCUACACCUGCACCGUUAGCAGCGUGGUUUAUUUUGCCUUGUCAUUUGUCGGGAAUUUUGCCAAGGAGGAAAGGACCAUGCCAUUUGAGCACCUAGCACGCAGUGAGACUCUAGAAUCCCAAGCCGUUGAGACACAGAGCGACUUCUCCGAGGUAGCCAUAUCUGGUGAACAAAAAGUCUAA